AUGGCCAUACGAAGUGCCCUUAGUAAGAUCAGUGACCUGGGCUCUAGUCAUGUGAUGAAUCGGCCGACACUACCCCACCAUGCCCCUCAGCUAAAUAUUCACUCGGACGCGGAGCCCCGGGCCAUAUCAAUUUAUCACCUGAUAAGCGCACCAAAUACUAUAAGAGAGUUAAAAGAGAUUUCCAUAUCGGCAUAUCUGUAUUGUUUUCAUCCAACUGGACCAAAAGAGAGCGUCUCCCGAUAUUACACUAUCGAGCAUCGCCAUUCUGAUAUUGCGAUAGAUUGUGCAGAGAAUACCCGUGUGCUUGGUAUCGAGGAAAUACUUUUAUGGAGGAACUGGCGCGUUUCUUACGGACGGCUCACUGGCAACAGACGGGUCACAAUACAUAUUUCUGUGAUGAUCCCAGAUUAG